UUGAAAAUAUAGAGAUCAUAUAUAAAGAAAAAGAGAUGAUGGAACCCAAAUGGUUGUGGUUGAGUGUGUUGUUGCUGUUGUUAGAAGGAUGCAGAUGGUAUGGUACUGAUGCGUGUUGGGAGGAUGAGAGGAUUGCUCUCUUGCAACUCAAACCUUUCUUCAAUCCUUACAACGAUCUGAACAGCUGGGUUGAUGAGAUCAAGGGUUCAGAUUGCUGUCAAUGGGAUGGGGUCGAGUGCAACACCUCUUCCUCCUCUUCCAAGCGAGUCAUAGGACUCUCUCUUGAUUAUACAAGACUGUCCAACAACGAAAGAUGGUAUCUUAAUGCCUCUUUGUUUCUUCCUUUCAAGGAACUGAAGCAUCUUUAUUUGAGAGGGAAUAACAUCGCUGGUUUUGUUGAAAGUGAAGGUUUUGCAAAGCUAAAUUUGGAGAUCCUUGACUUAAGUUUCAAUUACCUCAAUGAUACAAUUUUAUUAUCUUUGAGUCAACUUUCAUCUCUCAAGGAUUUAUAUCUAGCAGGAAACUUGUUCACAGGAUCAACUCAUGCAAACGGUUUCCAAUGGCUCUCAAGACUUGGUAAUUUGGAAACUCUUGAUUUAAGGGACAAUUCCUUGAAAAAUAACAUAUUGUUUCAUAUGAAUGGUCUUUCAUCUUUAAAGACUUUAAGAUUAAGUGACAAUUACUUGGAAGGAACGGUUCAUAUUCACGAAUUGAAUAAUUUGACAAACUUGAAGAACUUGGAUUUAAGCUACAAUAGAAUUGAAAGCUUCCAACCAUCAAAGCAAGGAAACGAGACACAACUGAGGUUGACCAAUUUGGAGGUACUUAAUUUGAGCGGUAAUCUCUUCAGGAACAACAUAUUUUCCUUCCUUCGGGGGCUUUCAACUCUAAAGUCCUUGCAUAUGAGGGAGAACCAAUUGCAAGGCUCAAUAGAUGUUAAAGGAUUGAAUAAUCUGACAAAUUUGAAGAACUUGGAUUUAAGCGACAAUAAAAUUGAAAGCUUCCGACCAUCAAAGCAAGGAAACGAGACACAACUGAGGCUGACCAAUUUGGCGGAGCUUGAUUUGAGGGGUAAUCUUUUCAAGAACAACACAUUUUUCUUCCCUCGGGAGUUUUCAAGUCUAAAGUCCUUAGAUAUGGGGGAGAACCAAUUGCAUGGCUCAAUAGAUAUUAAAGAUAGUGGGAGACGGCUGAACUUGACCCAUUUAGAAGAAUUUGAGUUGAGAAAUAAUCUCAUUAAUGACAGCAUAUUUGCAUCACUUAGCGGGCUUUCAAAUUUGAAGUCUUUGGAUGUAAGCUACAAUCGGUUAAAUGGAUCAAUAGAUAUGAGAGGCUUAGGUGCUUUUACCAACUUAGAGGAACUGGAUAUGAGUUAUAAUGAUUUGAAUGAAUUUGUGAGCUGUAAAGAGUACAAGAGUUUGAAAAAGUUAAAAGUUCUUUGUCUAAAUAGGGUUUUUACCAAUGGAAGCAUUCCAUUACUACUAAAAUUAGUAGAGGCAUUCCCAUCGGUUAAGACCUUCUAUCUACUAAUGAAUUACUUAAACAAGACUAUGACUACUCAAGAUCAAGAAUUGCAUGUGUGGAGCAAUGUGGAGGAAAUAUUUCUAGACGGUUCUUAUCUCAACAACAACAUUUUGCAAAGCAUUGGAGUAUUCACUUCUCUUAAAACUUUGUCUUUAUCUAGCUGUGGACUUACGGGUUCUUUACCUAAUCAAGGUUGGUGUGAUUUAAAGAACCUUGAAAAGUUGGACAUCAAAGGGAAUGCAUUUGAGGGGAUACUUCCUUAUUGUUUGGGUAACUUGACAUCUCUUCUUAAGUUAGAUAUCUCCUACAAUCAAUUUACUGGAAAUUUGACUCCUUUAGCAAAUCUUUCAUCACUUAGAUCUGUCACCCUUUCAAAAAAUCGUUGUCAAAUUUCAAUGCCAUUCCUAUCACUUGCAAACCUUCCAAAUCUCAAGUUUCUCUUGGCUGAUGAAAACAAUAUAGUAAUGGAACCUAAUUCCUUUCAUACUUCAAUUCCAAAGUUUCAACUAAAUGUUUUCAGCUUGUCAAAGUGUACAACAGAUAAAGGACUUAGCCUACAACCUCCUAAGUUCCUUUAUUACCAAUAUGACUUGAGAUAUGUUGAUCUUUCCUAUAACUAUUUCAGUGAAACAGUCCCGUUAUGGUUGUUAGAAAAUAACACAAAAUUAGAACAUCUCUUCUUGUUGGGCAAUUCUUUCACCGGUCCUCUCUUGUUACCACAACUUCCUAAUCCUAAUGUGUCUGUAAUUGACAUAUCUAAUAACAAAUUACAAGGCCAAAUUCCGACAAAUAUAUGUUCAACUUUUCCAAAUUUGGAAUGGUUAUUCUUAUCUAAGAAUGCCUUUGAAGGUAAUAUCCCUCCUUGUUUAAGUGGCAUGGACACUUUAUCAUUUUUAGACCUAUCGGACAAUCAUUUGUCUGGAAGAUUACCAGAAGAGUUGAUCAUGGGAAGUUCAUUAGAUAUUCUUAGGCUAUCAAAUAACAACCUAAGUGGAAAGAUUGUUCCUAUGAUGUUCAACACAACAAAGAUUCCUGAUAUUGAUGUCUCUGCUACUGAUUUGUCAUAUUCAUCACUAGAGGAUAUUGAUCUCAGUAAUAACAGUUUUAAUGGAAAGCUCCCAAGAUGGAUAGGGAAUGUAUCGCAUUUGAAGAGAUUGGCUUUGUCCAACAAUCAUUUCGAAGGUUCUAUUCCAAUGGAAUUGUGCAACUUGUAUGAGCUUGAAUUUUUGGAGCUUUCUGAAAACAAUUUAUCUGGCUCUAUUCCUUCUUGUUUCAAUCCACCAUAUUUGAGACAUGUCCACCUGAAGAGAAACAGACUAAGUGGUCCAUUGACACUUGUUUUUGAUAGCUCUACAUUAGUGACAUUAGAUCUUAGAGGGAAUAAUUUGACCGGUAAUAUUCCAAAAAGGAUUGGCACAUUUUCUACUUUAAGCGUCCUUCUUUUGAAAGAUAAUCAUUUAAACGGUGAAAUUCCAGUUCAAUUAUGCAAGUUGUAUUCAUUGAGCAUCAUAGAUCUUUCUGGAAAUAUGUUUUCUGGUCUUAUACCUUCUUGUUUGGGCAAUUUAACUCUGGCAAUGAAAGAGGAGAAGUCUGUCGUAGAUGAUUAUUUGUAUAUAUCAAAUCAAAUACAGGAUCCACUAGUACCAAUAGACAUUUGGUUUGAUUUAUCAUAUAUUCUUCCUCGUAGCUACAUGGAAGAAUGGAUAGAGUUUACAACAAAGAGUGUGUCCUACUCAUACGGUGGUGACAUUCUUAAGUACAUGUCUGGAAUUGAUUUAUCUUGUAACAGGUUAACUGGGCAAAUCCCAGUGGAACUGGGAAACCUGAGUGAAAUCCGUUCGUUAAACUUAUCACACAAUAACUUAGUAGGAGUUAUACCUUCAUCAUUUUCACAAUUUAAGCAAAUUGAGAGUUUGGACCUUUCUUACAACAACUUGAGUGGGAGAAUCCCUAUACAGUUGGUUGAGUUGAACUUUCUAGAGGUUUUCAGUGUGGCACACAACAACUUGUCAGGUAGUACUCCAGAACCAAAAGCUCAGUUUGGGACCUUUGAUGAAAGCAGUUACGAGGGAAACCCUCUUCUUUGUGGGCCUCCACUGCAAAAUAACUGCUCUAAAACUGACUCACCAACAACAGUACCAACUACAGCAGAUGAUGAAGGAGAAGGUAGUUUCAUGGACACAUAUGUUUUUUGUGUGAGCUUUCUGGUUUCAUAUGUAAUUGUUUUAUUGGUAAUUUUUGUUGUUCUAUACAUAAAUCCAUAUUGGCGACAAGCAUGGUUUUCUUUCAUUGAGAGUUGCAUCACAACUUGUCGCUACUCAGUUGCAGGCAAUUUUCUUGAGUUAUACAUCUUCAAAAGAUGUGUUUAGGUGUCAUAGGAGCUCUUAUGAUUUGCCUUUAGUUUGAUUGUGGUGAAGAUUUGGAUAAAGUUUAUUUUUGUUGUCAAAAGAAAUUUGGUGAUUUGAUCUUUUAAAUGAGGGAUUUCUUUUAGCUGAUUAUUCUGUUAAAAUGGUUGUAGAAAGAGUUGUGGAUUUGGUUACUCAGAUUGCUUAGAAAGAGUACUUUGAUGAUUUUGCACUUUCAACAGAGCUUUUUGUCUCCGUUGGAACUCUGUUUUUGGUAUUUGUUUUGUUUGGAAGGAAGCACUGUCUUUU